AUGGAGGAAGAAUUAAAAUGCCCUCAUUGUAAGGAAUUCGCAACAGGUGAUCAUCAUCCGGUGCUAUUAAGUUGUGCACAUAGCUAUUGCCGUCAAUGUGCAGUGCAAUCGCAACAACCAGCCUGCCAUGGAGUACCAUCUGGUUCUUCUGCUACACUUCCUCCAACAGUAUAUUCGCAUCUACAACGAGUCACUCCUCUCUCUCCUCCAUGUUCAAGUAGUGGUGCAAGUGAUACAAUAUCAGUAUGUAUAUCCGAUCAAGAUCAAGAAAGUGAUAAGCUAUCGGUGGUAUCAGAGGCGGACAGUGGUGUUGUAAUAUGUGGACGGAAUUCAAGACCAUCGUCUUUGAUUGGGUCAGCACUAUCACAGCAAACACAUCUUCAUCGUCUUCCAUCGAUAUUAACUCCAUCGACUUCAGAAUGCACAAUUACAUGUAAAGCAUGUCAAAAGCCUACUUACUUACCCGAUGAACAAACAAUUUUAAAUAUGCAAAAAAAUGUUGCCUUAUGCAAUCUGAUAAAUAGAUAUCGUUCCAGUCAAAUUAGUGCAGCAAAAGAUAAAACUGCAUCUGAAACUAUUAACUGCCAACUCUGUGAUACCGAUAAACCGGCGGUAGCAAGUGUUUUCUGUGAGCAGUGUGAUAUUUUUUAUUGUCAAUUAUGUCAAUCAACUUUGCAUCCCUCUAGAGGACCAUUGGCAACACACAAAUUGGUGCAUCCAUCGGCUAAGAAAUUAUCUACUCCAUCAUUAGUAUUAGUAAAGGAAUCGAAAUGCACGAAUCAUCCAACGGAAGUGCUAACAAUGUAUUGUGUUAUUUGCCGAACUGCAAUCUGUUGCAUUUGCCUUCAGGAAAUUAGACAUUCAAAUCACGAUGUGCAAAGUAUUGAAAAAAUGUGCAAAUGUCAAAAGGUUGGUUGA